UGUGGACUCCGACUGAGCCCGCUGGUGUGUCAGCUGUGGUCGUGAGUUGUGAGUUCAACGCCUCGUGCGAGCGUACUUCAUCUCGUGGCAUCGUCUUGUGUCGUUUUUUUUUUGGCAUACUUUUCUAAAAUAAUGACUUUACUUCAUCGGCGGGGGGUACAGCUAAUUGCGGCCGCCGUUGCGGGUUGGUGCGGCUGCCGAACGUACGAUCACAUUGCGGCGAAGAACAGACUCCACGCUGCGACAUUGCUCCCGAGCACGAGCAUCGUGCCGACCGAACCGGCGGCCACCUCGAGCCGCCCGUCUCAAAUCAUGCGCUUCGGUUUCCCGGGUACGGACUCAGUCCGUUUCCUGGACGACUACGUUUUGUCCUACGACCGUAGAAACAGGACGGCUCACUGGGUGUUCGAACACCUCACCAAGGAGAGCUUGCAAAAGAACGACAAAGUGGACAGGUCCAAGUGCACCUUCGUCGAAGACACCGAGGUGCAUCCGUACUUCCAGGCGCGAAACUCCGACUACAAGGGCAGCGGAUUUGACCGGGGACAUUUGGCCGCAGCGGGCAACCAUCGGAAGUGUCAGCGCGACGUAGACCAGACAUUCCUGCUUAGUAACAUGGCUCCGCAGGUUGGAAAGGGGUUCAACCGAGACUCUUGGAACAGAUUAGAAAAGCAUGUCCGCCACAUGACAAAUAAAUACAAGAAUGUCUAUGUCUGCACAGGACCCCUGUACCUGCCAAGAGUGGAAAGUGACGGAAAAAAGUAUGUCAAGUACCAGGUGAUCGGAGCCAACCACGUGGCAGUCCCAACACACUUCUUUAAAGUCGUUGUUGCCGAAACCGAAAAUGCUGAAUUCGAUUUGGAGGCCUAUGUCAUGCCGAAUGCUGUUAUUGAUGAUGCCACUCCCCUCAAAUCCUUCUUGGUUCCAGUGGAAACCAUAGAAAGGGCAUCGGGGCUUCUUCUUUUCGACAAAAUUGCCAAGGACAGGCUACGAAGAAUCAAUGGACGUUGAUGACGGCAGCAUUUUUAGGACACCGAGGAAGCGGAGGGCCAACAAGGACCUUCACAUCCCCUUCAUGCAGGACUUCCACUCUGUGCAGCGCUGAUUUUCGGCCUCAAGACUGACAAGGAUAUCAGUACGGCCUCCUGCAAGAUUUGAAACCAUACUUUUUAAAAAGUAAAACUUGCUACACUUUUUUUAUUAUCUUCUGACCCCCAAGCAUUUCAUUAUCCCCACUAGCUCGGGUUCCUCCAUCAUUUUAAGAUGUUCUUAAGAGCCGCAAAAAAAAGAACACCUUUGAGGUGUGACGCGCGCAUACAUAGAAAAAUUGAAUUUGUAAAUACUGUUAAAACUUUAGGUGUAAUUUUUUAUGAACAUAUAUCAUGAGACUCCUAUAUUCAAAAUCUUACACUUGAACUCUCUAAUAUCGUAGGUAUUCUAUAUAAACAUCGUUAUGUUACCAUGUAGCGUUAAACACUGAAUUUAUAGAGCAUCGUUCAAUUCUCCUAUGUUCUAUUGUCACCUAGUGUGGGUAACAACGACCAGUACAAACGUCAACAAACUUUUUUUUAUUGCAGAAGAAAGCAAUUUGAGGCAUAAAGUAAUAAAAAUACCAGAAUAUUACAAAUACAAGCUUGCAAUACCUAGUAUAUGCGGCAUCCCUGAAAUGUUUUGACCCCCCAUGACCGCGGUUUUUUAGACUAAGUGUUAAAAAUAUGGUAUAUGGGGUAUGUAGCGCCGGAUCCUUGAGAGUACCUCGUCCUAGGACAAACUAUGGGCUUCAAAUGCUACAGUAUACACUGCCAACUGUACUAAACGUUUUAAACUUUUUAAAAGGCCGAAAUGCUUGUAUUGAUACAGCUAACAAGAAAACAAUACGGAAAAUGUGCACCUCUCAUUUUUUAAAUUUUCUUCUGCAUGGCACUGCCCGUUUCUUUCAGUCU